AUGAUCAAUACGCCUAACCACAAUGCUCUAGAUGCACACCAUCAUGUUCCGUCCACGGCGGCUAAAGCUUUUGCAGUACUGGAGCUCCACCCUGGCUUCUUCGGUCGCCUAGCCGAGAUCAAUUUUCCAGAUUCAGGAGGAAUCAAUGACCGGUCUCCCGACGAUCUUUCGCCCACCCCCCUUGAGGAUUAUUCUCAACAUCCUGAGGCGAGAGAAUCGCCUGGCUACGAAGAUUACGGCUCAAUACUGACGACCGGAACCUUGUCGCACAAGUUGAACCUCAACAGCAAUAUUUCCCGAAGCCUCGAACGGCGAGAUAACGACAGUCUAAUUGCAUUCUACACGCACACCUGGGCAAAGCACUGUCUUCCGGCGCUCCACACCACGUUCCAAUAUCUCGAACCCGCAUUUGGUCCAAGUCCAGUUGUCACAGACAUCAUGAUUUCUUUGUCAGCGUGCUGCCUAAGUCGAAGGCUUCCACAGCGAAAGGUUUCCUCUAGUCCGCACAAUCCGGUAACGCGAUUCCGCCCGAACAAUGGUCAUGAAUCUCUCAGUUAUGAGCACUACGGAACGGUGAUGCGUAGAGUGGCGGGCUGGGACCACCAGGCCUUUGAUACAAAUCCUGUUCUUGGCUUGUUCCUGUUAGUAUUGUUCUGUUAUCUGGAAGCAUCUAUGGGCAAUUUUAGGAAUUUCCGCAUUCACUCAAACGCCAUCAAAAUUCUUACAGAAAAAUAUUCCGACAUCGUGACUCUUUAUGGAGCCGACUUGUUGGCAGCCUGGGUCGACGUCGAAGCCCAAAAUUGGUGGCGAAGAGCAUACUUCAGUACCCCUGACUUCCAUCGAGACCAGCUCAACUCCUCAUCGCAGCUACUAAGCUCAUCUCUGGGCCUCGUUCUUCAAGCAACGAAGAAUCCAAGAGCAUCGGUCCUUCUCAUACUUUGCGAGUCCCAUCGCCUGAAUAGCGCCGCCAUCGUGUCAAACUGGAGCAGCAUUCAGGGCGACCAAACCGUGAUCCAAUCAGAUGACCCAUCAUCUCCCAAGUCUGUUGGGUUGGGUUCUACUCCGAGCACAUCCAACAUUCGACAGCAUAUCAUGCACCUGCAAGUGCAGUCCCAGAUGCUAGACAAGUGGCACAUGUCUCAACCAGCCUCGAACCUACCGUUAUCUGAACCGGAGCGGGACUCUCACACGAUUGAUCGCUUGUCCAUCAAUAUCAUUCACCCUCUGCGGUUUGCCUCUCAUGAUGCAGCCAUGAACUUCGCCUACUACGUUACUGCCCGAGUCAUGCAAUGUACUGGCCCACUCGAACAACUGGAACAGCGGCUUCCGGUCGAGGCCUCCACUGCGUACGAGGCUGAGAGGUGGAUCUCCAUUCUCAUCGGCAUAGCCACCGGGCUGGAUUGGAAAGAAUGUGUCCGGCUCAAUGUCUAUAGAGUUGGCUUGGCCAAUCUUCUCCUCGCUGGUGCAAUGCAUUGCCAUAGUCUUGAGAUUGGACUCUGGUUUCAGAGUUGGCUCGAGAGACAAGUGGAAGACAAUGACCUGGAAGAGGGCAAUUUUCCAUUGUCUCAGAUACUCGACACUUUAUACCUUGUGAACAUGGAGCGCAGUAAUGGGUGGGAUGUCAUCGCGCUCUUCCAAACAGAGGAUGAUGGCGGUGGCAGUGGGAAGUUUGGCUCCUAUCACAGUCAGGACCUACGCUCUCUCACUGUCUAUGGACGAUCAAGAGCUACAGGAGAAUUGUGCGUGUAUACCAGGAUGAUAUGA